AAUUUUCGCCGAAAAUUUCAGAUUUUGAUUUGUUUUUUUUUGGGUUCAAUCGAGUGAUUAGUGGAGUAUUUAGCAUUUUGGGGUUAAAAAAAUUUAGGGUUCUAUUGGAUUUAUAGUAUAAUGGUAUUGAAAAUCGAAAAAGGUUGAGAUUUUGAUUUUUGAGUUUGAGUUGAGCUAAUGGGGAAUAAUUGUGUUGGACCCAAAUUGGCUAACAAUGGGUUCUUACAAUCUGUUACUGCAGCUGUGUGGAAACCUAAUCAGUCGGAAAAUUUACCACUCCCAAAUGAAGGGGAACCCAAUUCAGAGAAAAGCAAAGAGGAGAAUUUGGUUGAUUCAUCGAAAGGCGCGGAUAGAUCUGGUAUUCAAGGUAAUCCUCCUCCACAUCUUAUGAUAAAUGCUGAUACCCAAAUGGGUGUUAAAGAGAACAAUGAUAUACUAAUUGCUAAUGAUGCAAGUGUUACUGAUAAGCCCCCUGUGGAAGGGGUGAAACAGAAUAAGCCUACUCAUGUUAGGAGAACGUCGAGUAUUGGGGUUCAGAUUGAAUCUGUUUUAGGACGAAAAACAGGUAAUUUGAAGGAGAUUUAUAGUUUAGGGAGGAAAUUAGGACAAGGGCAGUUUGGGACGACGUUUUUAUGUCUAGGAAAGUCAUGUGGGAAGCAGUAUGCAUGUAAGUCUAUUGCGAAAAGGAGGUUGACAACUGAGGAGGAUGUGGAGGAUGUAAGGAGGGAGAUUCAGAUAAUGCAUCAUUUGGCAGGACAACCGAGUGUGGUACAAAUUGUGGGGGCGUAUGAGGAUGCUGUUGCAGUUCAUGUUGUAAUGGAGCUUUGUGCAGGUGGGGAGCUUUUCGAUAGGAUUUUACAAAGAGGGCAUUAUUCAGAGAAGAAGGCAGCUGAACUUGCAAGAGUAAUAGUAGGUGUUGUAGAAGCAUGUCAUUCCUUGGGUGUUAUGCAUAGGGACCUGAAACCCGAGAACUUUCUUUUCGCUGAUCAGGAGGAGGAAUCACCUCUGAAGGCAAUUGACUUCGGAUUAUCAGUGUUCUUCAAGCCAGGUGAAAUCUUCAAUGAUGUUGUUGGAAGCCCUUACUAUGUGGCCCCAGAAGUGUUGCGGAAGCAUUAUGGUCUAGAAUGUGAUAUUUGGAGUGCUGGAGUCAUUAUUUAUAUACUGCUUAGCGGUGUUCCCCCAUUUUGGGAUGAGACGGAGCAAGGAAUAUUUGAACAGGUUUUAACAGGGGAACUUGACUUUGCAUCAGAUCCCUGGCCUACUAUAUCAGAAAGUGCAAAAGAUUUAGUCAGAAAAAUGCUGGUGAGAGAUCCCAAAAAGCGGUUGACAGCUCAUGAAGUUCUUUGUCAUCCAUGGGUCCGUGUUGGUGGGGUUGCUCCAGAUAAGCCUCUUGAUUGUGCUGUUCUAAGUCGUCUCAAUCAGUUUUCUGCAAUGAAUAAAUUAAAGAAGAUAGCAGUCAGAGUAAUUGCUGAAAGUCUGUCUGGAGAGGAAAUUGCAGGACUGAAGGAAAUGUUCAAAAUGAUAGACGCAGAUAAUAGUGGACACAUUACACUGGAAGAACUGAAAUCGGGUUUGGAAAAAGUGGGUGCCAAUCUGAAUGAUUCAGAAAUAGUGAGUUUAAUGCAAGCGGCAGAUGUUGAUAAUAGUGGUACCAUUGAUUAUGGCGAGUUUAUAGCUGCUAUGCUGCAUCUAAACAAAAUUCAGAAGGAAGAUCACUUGUAUGCCGCUUUUUCAUAUUUUGAUGAAGAUGGCAGUGGAUAUAUCACGCAGGAUGAGCUCCAAAAGGCUUGUGAUAAGUUUGGUUUAAGCAAUAUCCCCAUCGAAGAGCUUAUGCGCGAAGUUGAUCAAGAUAAUGAUGGACGCAUAGAUUAUAGUGAGUUUGUAGCGAUGAUGCAAGACACUGGCUUUGGUGACAAGGGAAGCAAAAGUGUGUUGUAAACAUUGGCAUUCAAUAGGCUUUAAAGCUUGGAUCAACAACCAUAGCUGCAAGGAGUACGAUAGAAUUCCUUGGUGUGGUCAUUCGGGAAAACCCCCCGAGAACGACUCUGAUCCAAUUCAUGUGAGAGAUGGAGAAACAUCUACGGGUAAAGCGCCGUAUCCAUGUAAAUGCUUGCCACCUACGCUCCACCAUCCAUUACAAGUUUAGAAACCUUGGUAUUAUUGCACCCGCACCUAAAGGAGGAGGACUCUUCUCUUGCGGCAAAAAAUGCUUAUUCAUGGUCAAUCGUGCAGUUGAUGAUAUGAUUCUACAUUAGUUUUCAGGCAUACACCAACCAUACAUACCACUUUCUCGUUUAGGAAUUUCUCAAGUAUACUGUAAAGAUUAGUCAGGUAUUGUUAUUACAUCUAAACAAGUAUUUGAACAAAAAAUCAGAUUGCAUUAUGCUGUAAAGAUUAGUCCGGCAUCGGAGAGGAAAGGCAAUUUUGUAUCUUCUAUUUAUUUGCCUAUUUCUUUCUGUUGAGGAAACCGAUGUUUGUAAUUCUAGGAUGUGUUCCAUUGAACCUGUAGCCUGAAUGGUUUGUAUUGAAGUUGCUUCUGCAAGAUAAUCCAGUGUUUAUUAGUAGUUAA